CUCAUCUCUUAUACAAAACAUCGAAUAACCGCUGCUCGGUUUCGGGCGGCCCUGUUCAAGCAUUUCUAGGCAGCAUCCUUCAAAUAUCUCCAAGACCCCAUUUUGCUUCUCUUGAGCUUGUCUUGAUUUUCCUCUCGCUCCGGUUUCCAGCAAUCGUGCAGUACCUGGACCCAGUUUCUUGGCCCGCCUGCUUCUUGGAUACUGAAUCGCUGCUUUUGCUUAUGAUACGUCGAUAGCCGUUAUAUGAAAUGUUAGAAUCCGCACAACCUGCUCACGAGCAACCAGGAUGGACAGGGAGUAGCUCAGACACAUUGGCAAAUAGAGUCGAUGAGCAGCAACAUAUAGCCAGGGAGAAGUCACAUACGAGCCAAGAAAUCGACCCUGAUAUCGAGAUCGUUGAUUGGGAUGGACCGAACGACCCGGAAAACCCAUUUAAUUGGCCAGUACGGAAGAAAUGGAUCCUUACAUCAGUAGCACUCUUCGGAACAUUUAUCGCCUUGAUCAACGGAACGGCAAUGGCUGUUGCUGCCGAAUCCUACAACCGCGAAUUUGGUAUCAGCGAUGCACACUUCCCACACUCAUACUGGCCUAUUGCGAGUUGGGCACUGGGUGGAGGAGUUUUCAUGAUGGUACUGUUGCCCAUCCUUGAGGACUUCGGAGUGAGAUGGGGCUACAUCAUAUCCUACAUCGUCAUGAUCAUCUUCAUUGUUCCCUCCGCGGUAGCCCAAAACUUUGCGACUCUGGUAGUCACACGUUUCAUCACAGGCGGCUGCGUUUCGUUGCUCGCCAAUACCAUCAGCAGCAUUAUCUGCGAUAUCUGGGCCGGUGACCGAGGCAGGACUAUACCUAUGGAGCUUUACAUUACCGUCUAUCUUUUUGGUAGCACUAUGGGUCCUGUCAUUGGUGGUGCCAUCUACCAAUUUCUCGACUGGCGCUGGAUCUUCUACAUCCAGAUCAUCUGGUACUGCGCUUUCAUUCCACUGUUCUUCUUCACCAUCAAGGAGACACGUGGCUCCGUCAUUCUGAAACAGCGCGCGAAGAAGAUACGCGCUGCUACUGGCAAGAAGGCUUACACUCGUGAUGAGUUGAACCACAUCCCCAUCUGGCAGAUCGUGAAGACUUCGGUACAGCGACCGGCGUACAUGCUUUGCACCGAAUGGGUGGUGUUUUCGCUCACACUCUGGUCUGCUUUUGCAGUCGGUCUGGUCUAUCUUUUUACACAGAGCAUUGAAGAGGUCUUUGCAGGUCUCUAUGGUUGGCCAGCUUACAGCACCGGCUAUGUCCAGGCAGCCGUUGGUAUCGGCGAACUACUCGGCUUCGUUGUGUCUUACUCCAACUUGCACUUUUACCUGCGGUCUGCCAAGUCGAACCCAUUAGAUCCUGGUACACCGGUGCCGGAAGCUAGGCUCUACAUGUCGCCUGUGGGAGGCUUUUUCGGCAUGACAGGAGGCAUGUUCAUCUAUGCUUGGACAUCAUACCCGCAGAUUCCUUGGAUCGCGCCCGCGAUCGGGCUGGCUAUGGUCGGUUUUGGUAUCAACAUUGUGUGUUCGUCCAUCGCGCAAUACCUCAUGGACUCAUACUCAAAGUAUGCUGGCUCGGCAAUUGCAGCAGUAGCUUUUGGAGAGAAUGUAUUUUCUGCAUUCUUGCCAUUAGCUGCGCAGAGCAUGUAUACCAACCUUGGAUACCAAUGGGCGAGCUCGUUGUUGGCGUUUCUGUCAUUGGCCUUGGCCUGUGCGCCUAUCAUUCUGUUGUUGAAGGGGCCUGAGAUUAGAGCAAGAAGUCCGUUCAUCCAGGAAGCGAGGUAUGAGCAUGAUAUCAAGGGUGGUGCAGAAGAAGCUUGAGCGCAAAAGUGUUGUCUAUUAGAAGAUACCCACAUAGUACCUGAUAUAUUGCGACGGAUGUCAGGUUUUGAUCUUGUCAACUAGUACAUCCACCUGUUGACUUCGUGUCACUUCCCGCCUAUAUGCAAUGCUUGACAUCUAGAAGAGAGCU